AUGCCCUACCAAGACCAACGCCGUCUACUAGACUUCUCUCAGGCCGAAGUACGAGGGGACGACGAGCUGGAACGAAUCAUCAACCGAGUGCGGCACGAGCGACAGCGCCUGUUGAGAAACCGUCUACUCCAGAGGGUGGAAAUCGGAAGAGAUCUGGACGGGGACUCGCGCACUGGCGGGGAACGAGAGGCUUCUGAGGCCACCGCAGGAGGAGCCACGACGGGACCAAGGCCCCGUCUAGGCUUGAUAAGUAGCGACGGGGAGACUGCUUCUCCCGGGAACAUGUCUACCAACCAACGGGACCUCCAGCGCAGAUUCUCACGAGAGCCUGCACCGCGGCACUCAGAAGCCCUGCCCAGCUUCGCGAGCCUGGCCACCGCGACAGCCCUGCCACCUCUGCGCUCCCUAGGCACGCGGCGAGGCUCUGCAACGUCCACACCCACCGGCACGAGUGGACGCCCGGCACGCCAACGACUUGCCGAGAGAUGGCUUGACCGAUACCGAACUUCUGAGAAUCGAACGUCGAACCCGACCAGCUUCGAAGACCUGGAGUACGAUUUGGACGAUGCGAAUUCGCAACUGCGUGCACUUCUAGAGUACACCAAUACCGCCAUGAUGUCAUCUCCUCUGAGCCCGACAUCCCACUCACAUACUCCCUAUCCAGAACAGGCUGAGGACAGCCGUCGAGUAAAACGGCGUAAGCUGGAUUCUGAGAGGACAGGGUCUAGCUUUAAAGGGUUCCGCUAUGGCAGGUUUGGCCAGAUCGAGCCUGGCCAACUGAAGAUGGAGAUUGAGAGCUGUGAUGGUGGGAUGUAUGCCGACAGCAACAUCAAUCCCCCGGAGAGCAUUCUCAAGAGGGACAAUUCUGUCUAUUGCACAAAACGGAACCGCUGCAACAUUGUGCUGAAGCACCAGGGCGCCACCGUCUUCACCUUGUCAGAAUUGGUGAUCAGGGCCCCCAGUGCCAACUACUCUUCACCAAUUCGGGAGGGCAUGGUGUUUGUCUCCAUGGCAUGUGACGAAGUUCUCAACAGGACGGCCCAGUACCAAGUCCAAUACGUCCCACGCGACGACACGAGGACGCCCGGGGAACGGGCACGGCACAACUACGACAUGUCCAAUAGCCGUUCGCGUCAAAGGCGUAUCAACCUCAACGCCCGUCUGGAGGAGGCUUUGGAGCACAAAGCAGCAGUGUUCCCGGUCGAACCUCUACACUUCCCUGUGACCAUAGACACAGACUGCAGUGACACCGAGGAGUCGCCUGUGCCCCGUCUGCUUCGACGGCAAGCACCCCCGCCCAAUAGGAUUGGCCCCUUGCCAUUCGAGAGUGAUGACAGCGAGGACGGCGAGAACGGGUUUGCUCCUUGGAACGACGACAUGGGGCUCAAUGACGAUGACAGCAGCCCCCCGCCGGCGCCGCCGCCGGUGGACCGAGACGCCCAGGACAUGACGCUGGCUGAAGCCGCCGAGGCAUCUCAGCUUGCCACCCAGGAGGCCGUGAGGGCAGUCGGCGGCGAACUGCUUGCACCCCACGCCAAAUUUUACAUCGAGAAGGACAAGAAUAGGUGCACCAUCAAAUUUGAUCCUCCAAUUUCGGGGAGAUAUAUUCUUCUUAAGAUGUAUCAUCCGACGUCCAAUAUCGACGUGCAAGGUGUCUUCGCGAAAGGAUUCGCGGGUCCACGCUACUUCCCCAGUACAGAUCUACGAUGA